AUGCUUUACAUCUUGCUGUCAUUAGAAAAGCUCAUUAUCAAUCUUACAUCGUUGCAACUCGACUCACACUAUAUUGUUUAUUCAAAUCAUUACACCAUCAUGAAGUUCUUGUUUGUUCUUCUUCUCACUGCAUCUACCGCGUAUGGCUGCGGAAACAACGCAUACAGAUGCAAACACCCUGACAAGACAGUCAACGAGAUGUGGAAGGUGACGCACAGAAUCUGCGAUGAUUUGAAAGAAGAUGACUGUUAUUGUUCCCACUGGGCUGAAUACUACUGUGAUCCCUGGGGCGAUAAUAUCAACGAGUUCAAGCGCAGAUGCAAUAAUGAGGGCGAGAACUGGUACUGGACGGAAUGUUAA